AUGGUGGAGGCAAUGCAUUCCAUGGAUGUGUCGCAUUUGGUGGAUUGCUGGCUGCACACCGAGUCAAUGGAUCAGGACCUCCAAGUCUGCCUUGGCAACUACCAGCAGCGGGGAGGCAAGGUCAACUUGGCCCAACUUGCUCAGGCGAACACCGCGAGGGGGUCUUCAAAGCACGGCACCUGCAGCCACUUCUUCGAUGAGGCCACAGAGCGGCUGGUCCGUGAGCUGGACGGCCCACUGUUCGAGAAGUUCGGGUAUGCGAGCUGCUGUGAGAAGCCCAGAGAAGCCACAGCUGCACCUUCCCCGCUGGCCUCAGGCGCUUCCGCAGCGCCUGCAGAUGCGCCGACUUUGGGCAGCUGGAGCUGGGGGGACCCCUUCGAGAAGGCCUCCGGCCGCCCGCUGAAGAAGCACUCGGGCACCGCCAAGUGGGACGCCCACGUAGGGCCGUGCAACGUGCAUGUGCUGGGGCCCAACGAGCAGGAGCUGCGAACGGUGCAGAUGUUGUCCAUGCCGCCCAUUCGAAUGGCCCUGGACGAUGCGGUGCUGGCGUGCUUGCAGCAAGCGGAUUUGAGCCAGGCAGACGGCCAGCUGAUGAUGUUCCAAUGCGCCGUCUCGGGCCUGGUGAAGAGCUGCGGGUUCCUGGCCUCCCGCGUGAAGUUCUCGGCCCUGGCGCUGCUGCCGGAGGCUCUGCGCCUGGAGGUCUUCCAAAAGAGGCCCGGGCUUCGCCGCUCCAAGCUGUCGGUCUACCGGCAAACAGGCUUCGGGAUGGGCAAGUGGACCCACCAGGCUAAGACCUUGAUACAGCUGGCAGUCUGGCAAGGCCAUGCCGAUUUGGUGAGGGCCAUCUAUGCUGGGUCCGAGCCGAUCGACUCGCAGCAGCGCACCCUCAUGGAUUACAUCAGCGCGGUGGGUUCCCCGGUCUUCAACUGGCCGGGCCGUGUGCGGUCUCCGCCAGUGCCGCGGCCACCGCCCGAAGGGCAACUGAGCUGCGGGGGCCAGCAGAUGCAAGAGGCGUACCUGGGCUGGACGCAGGAGACCACCUGGGACCACUACCGCGCCUGCGACUUCGAGGUGGUGGACGCCUUGAAUCAGCAGGACUUUGAGGAGAAGUUCCGAGAUCUGGGCCGUCCGGUGCUGGUCCGGAACUUCGCGGCCCACGCGGACCGCUGCGCUCUGGCGCGGUCGAGGGUCAUGGAGGUGCACAGCCGGCAGCAGUUCAAUCUGGGCCCCAUCGCCUACCCCAACCUCAUCGGCGCCGAGCCUUGUGAGAAAACCUUCAGCCUAAAAGAGGCCGAGCAGGGCGCUCACUGCCACAGGCAUGGCAAUACCUCCAACUACUAUGCCUCACACUCACCUGGCAUACUGGACCGGGACCUCACGGAGACCGAGACCUUUGGGAAGGUGAAGGAGCUGCUGCCGAGGAUCAACCACCUCUCCAAGCAGUACUUCUGGGGUGGGGACCGCAGCGGCGCCGCGCUGCACUUCCACGCUGCGGCCUUCAACGUGCUCUUCAUCGGGGAGAAGGCACCUUGGCAUGGGCAUUGA